UGGCUCAGAUGUUGCAGCACAUGGUUUGACCAGGCAAGAGGCUUGUCCGCGUGAGGCAACCCUGCCGCGACAAGCGGUUCGCGACACGACGGGUUGCGUUUUGUUCAUUUCCAGCUGCCAUGGCACAACUAAAGAAGAUGAUGGGAGAAAUUGAGAAGGCCCAGAAGAAAGUGGACGAAGGGGUUGAGGAGUACAACCGCCUUCGGGAGGCGCAUAGUAGAGCAUCACAGCCGAAUCAGAAGGAGAAGUUGGAGGAAAAUUUGAAGGCUCAGAUCAAGAAGCUCCAACGCGAGCGAAAUCAGAUCAUCGCGUGGAUCGGGGACAAGAACGUCAAGGACAAGAAUCCUCUCAAUGAACGCAAGGACAAGAUCGAGGUUCUCAUGGACCAUUUCAAGGAAUUCGAACGCGAGAGCAAGACCAAGCGCUACUCUCAGGUGGGCCUGACGCGUGAGGAUCGAGCGGAUCCGGACGAGCAGCAGCGACGUGAGCUCACACAGUGGUUCCGCGAUACCAUUGGAAACUUGGGGAAGGAGAUCGAUGAGCGCACGGCCACCGAACAGCUCUUGUCCAAGAAGCCGAGCAAGGGCUCCAAAGAAGAGGCCAGCACGAACUUCUCCAAGCGAGUGCAUGAGUCACUCCGAUGGCAUAUCACCAAGCUGGAGCAAGUGCUUCGAAAGUUGAACAAUGAUCAGCUGGACUUGGAAAGCCUCGAGGGGGUCAAGGAUUCGCUGGAGAUGUACACCAAUGAAGAAGUCAACCCCCGGACUGCCGAGGGAUUCCAAGGAUACGAGGACGUCUAUGACGACCUGAACCUGGAGGAAGUCGAGGAUUAUUUGUUGAAAGAUGCAUCCAAGGAGAACCUUGAUGAGAAAGAUGACGAGAAGGAGGAACCGCCAAAGAAGGAAGAGCCGAAGCCCAAAGAGGUGGCCAAGCCAGCGGCCAAGGUGGCUCCUACGAUCUCCACCCGACCUGUGGUGGAAGACAAGGUGGAGAAGCCCAAGCUGAUUGCCACGCGAAGCGCUCCAGCAGCUGCCCUGCAUCCCAGCCAACCGACGCAUGCCCAGAUGGCAGCGCAAGUCGCCAGCUUGGCACCGCUGGCAGCGCCCAGUGCGGUACCGCCAGGUCAGGCGCCGAAGCAACCGCCUGUGGCACCAGCACCACCACAACAAGCGCCCCCGCCGCAAGCACCACCGGCGCCGCACCACUUGGAUAGCGGGAGCUCAGUGCCCACGGUGCCACCCCCCUCCAAGCCGCCACCGUCCCCGGACGCGGUACCUCAGGCAGCUGCGACACUGCCCAGUGCCCCAUCCAUUCCAGCCAUGCCAGCGGUGCCGGUGUCUAUGCCCCACGCUCACGAGCCACCUGCUAUGCCUCCACCGCCCCCCCCGUCCGUGCUUCCCAGUGGAGGGCCAGGGCCAAAGAAACCACCCGCGCCCAUCCAGGCGGCACAAGUGCAGGGAAGGAUGCAGGGCCCUCCACCACCGCCCAACGAGGCGCCGCCCGUGCCUGAACGUCCCCAGGAUGUGGCAAAGGCAGCAGCCCAGGUGCAAGCGGCUCCAGCGGUUGAAGGAGCGGCGGAGCCACUGCUGGCCUAUACAGACAUCCCUCCCUUGACGGAGGCGCAGGAACGGGCGCACGCGCUGUUGGAGGCAUCCGGACGCUUCUUGCCAUUGCCCAGCGAUGUACCCAAGCCCAGGAGGUAUUCGCCCACCACGCCGUACGUGCACAAGGACCCGAAUGGACAACCCUACUAUCCAGUAGAACCUGCGCGCUCGUUCGAUGACCCUGGUGCUUUUGAGCGCUACGACGUGGACACUUUGUUCUUCAUUUUCUACUACCAGCAGGGCACCUAUCAGCAAUACCUUGCGGCCAAAGAGCUCAAGAAGCUCUCAUGGCGAUACCACACCAAGCACCUCAUGUGGUUCCAGCGCCAUGAGGAACCCCGAAUGACUGCCGCAGAGUUUGAACGUGGCACCUAUGUUUACUUCGAUUAUGAAACACAAUGGAACCAGCGAUUGAAGGCAGACUUCACCUUUGAGUACGUUUGGUUGGAAUCCGCAGAUGUCUAAAUGAGACAGCGGCCUGAAGGGUACUCCAUCCGAGUGUGGCAAGGCAAGACAGACCUGCGUGGCCCUUGCCAUUGCAGGCCUUCUGAUUCUGGCACGUAGUUAUGAUCGUGCAAAAAAAAAAGUGUGUUCGGUGUCACCGGUGCACAGACGUCAUGGCCGGUCGAAACCGAA